UUGCUGUUCGGCUUGAUCUGGGGGCUUGCAUGGUUACCCCUUCACCUUGGCUGGAACUGGCUUGUCCCUGACUGUCUCUCCUCGGUGAAACUGUUCUCUCCAUGCUUGAAAUAUCAGUAGGAGCUUCAGCCUCAAUGGAGGAAAAGGGAUACUGGUUUAAAUUUCAAUCUUUUUCUUUCCCAAGGACUGUGCACGUUAUCGACCCUUGGCCACAGGCAGAGGGGAGAGUGGUGGAGUUGAUCCCAGUUGAUGGAGUUCUCCCUGUAAAUCAGGAGACCUGCCUAAAAAUGUGGUCUAUGUGGUGUGCUGGGGAAGAGAAGCGGGUUGGUACACGCACCGUGGUGGUUGGGCACCGUCCGGUUUCAGAAACAGAUGCGUAUGUGGCACAGAAGUUCUGUGACAACAGGAUUGUCUCCUCCAAGUACACCCUCUGGAACUUCCUCCCAAAGAACCUUUUUGAGCAGUUUAGAAGAAUUGCCAACUUCUACUUCCUCAUCAUCUUCCUCGUGCAGGUGAUAGUGGACACCCCAACCAGCCCGGUGACCAGCGGCCUCCCACUCUUCUUUGUCAUCACCGUCACAGCUAUCAAACAGGGAUACGAGGACUGGCUGAGGCACAGAGCUGACAACGAAGUGAACAAAAGCAAUGUCUUCAUUGUCGAAAAUGCAAAGCAAGUGCAGAAAGAGAGUGAAAAAAUCAAGGUUGGAGACAUAGUAGAAGUGAAAGCGGAUGAGACCUUCCCCUGUGAUUUGAUAUUUUUGGCCUCGAGCAGCAGUGAUGGGACCUGUUAUGUCACUACAGCGAGUCUCGAUGGCGAGUCCAAUUUCAAGACUCACUACGCAGUGCGAGAUACCACCGUGCUCUGUACAGAUGAAGCUAUUGAUACCCUCACCGCCACAAUCGAGUGUGAACAGCCGCAGCCUGACCUCUACAAAUUUGUUGGAAGAAUUAUCAUCUACAGAAGCAACCAAGAGCCUGUAGCCAGGUCUUUGGGUCCUGAAAACCUGUUGCUGAAAGGUGCUACCCUCAAAAAUACCAAGAAGAUUUAUGGAGUUGCAGUCUAUACUGGAAUGGAAACAAAAAUGGCUUUGAACUACCAAGGGAAAUCUCAGAAACGAUCUGCUGUAGAAAAAUCUAUCAACGCUUUCUUGAUAGUGUAUUUGUGCAUCCUAUUGAGCAAAGCUACUGUGUGCACGACUCUGAAAUAUGUCUGGCAGAGUAAUCCUUUUAAUGAUGAGCCUUGGUACAAUGAGAAGACUAAAAAAGAGAGGGAGACAUUCAAGGUCUUGCGGAUGUUCACAGACUUCUUGUCAUUUAUGGUCCUCUUCAAUUUUAUUAUCCCCGUUUCCAUGUACGUUACAGUAGAGAUGCAAAAGUUCUUGGGCUCUUUCUUCAUCUCUUGGGACAAGGAGAUGUACGAUGAAGAAAUAAAAGAGGGAGCAUUGGUGAACACCUCGGACCUGAACGAAGAGCUCGGGCAGGUGGAGUACGUCUUCACAGACAAAACUGGGACCCUGACAGAGAACAGCAUGGAGUUCAUCGAGUGCUGCAUAGAUGGGCACAAGUACAAAGACUGCAUUUCGGAGGUGGAUGGCUUCACUCAGACUGAUGGACCCCUAAAAUACGGCAAAGCAGAAAAGAGCCGUGAGGAGCUGUUCCUGCGAGCCCUCUGCCUGUGCCACACCGUUCAGAUCAAGGAAGCAGACCAGGUGGAUGGGCUGAUAGGACAUCCAGAACGCAAAUACACCUAUAUCUCCUCUUCCCCAGAUGAAAUUGCUUUGGUGAAAGGCGCAGAAAAGUAUGGUUUCACUUUUCUAGGACUUGAAAAUGAUUUCAUGAAAAUACGAAACCAAAAGAAUGAAACUGAAAUGUACCAGCUUCUCCAUGUGUUGAACUUUGAUCCUGUCCGUCGCCGUAUGAGUGUCAUUGUGCGAACCACCACGGGAAAGUUGCUUCUCUUCUGUAAAGGAGCAGACUCCUCUAUUUUUCCGAGGGUGCAGCAAGAAGAAAUCCAACAAACAAAAGUCCACGUGGACCGCAACGCUAUGGACGGCUACCGAACACUCUGUGUGGCGUUCAAAGAACUAACUCAGAAGGAGUACGACAAAAUUGACAGACAACUCAAUGAAGCUAAGAUGGCUCUGCAGGACAGGGAGGAAAAGAUGGCAAAGGUUUUUGAAGACACAGAAGCAGACAUGCAUUUGAUUGGGGCUACUGCUGUGGAAGACAGGCUGCAGGAGCAGUCAGCAGAGACAAUCGAAGCUCUGCACACAGCUGGCAUGAAAGUUUGGGUGCUGACAGGAGACAAGAUGGAAACUGCCAAAUCCACCUGCUACGCCUGCAGGCUCUUCCAGACCAGCACUGAGCUGUUGGAGCUGACGGUGAAAGUGGUUGGUGAGAAUGAAAGAAAGGAAGAUCGGCUCCAUGAGCUGCUGAUGGAAUACCAUAAAAAGCUGAUUCAGGAUGUUCCUAAAAACCGGGGAGGCCUGAAGAGAAGCUGGACGUUGAGUCAAGAAUACGGCCUAAUUAUAGACGGCUCGACACUGUCGCUGAUACUCAACCCUUCUCAGGACUCCAGCUCUAGUAAUUACAAAAACAUAUUUCUACAGAUCUGCUUGAAAUGUACUGCAGUCCUCUGUUGCCGGAUGGCUCCUUUGCAGAAAGCCCAGAUUGUGCGGAUGGUGAAGAACACAAAAGGGAGCCCGAUAACACUGUCCGUAGGAGAUGGUGCAAAUGAUGUUAGUAUGAUUUUGGAAGCCCAUGUUGGAAUAGGUAUAAAAGGCAAAGAAGGACGGCAGGCUUCCAGAAACAGCGACUAUGCUGUGCCAAAGUUUAAACAUUUAAGAAAAUUGCUACUAGCACAUGGGCAUUUAUAUUACGUGAGAAUAGCACACCUUGUACAGUAUUUCUUCUAUAAGAACCUUUGCUUCAUUUUACCGCAGUUUUUAUACCAGUUCUUCUGUGGAUUCUCACAGCAGCCCCUGUACGAUGCUGCUUAUCUUACCAUGUACAACAUCUGCUUCACAUCGCUACCUAUCCUGGCUUACAGCCUCCUGGAGCAGCAUAUCAACAUCGACACGCUGACCUCAGAUCCUCAGCUGUACAUGAAGGUUUCAGAUAAUGCAAUGCUGCAGUGGAGGCCGUUCCUGUACUGGACCUUUCUGGGCGCCUUUGAAGGACUCGUGUUUUUCUUUGGGGUUUAUUUUCUUUUUCAAAAUUCAUCGUUGGAAGAUAACGGAAAGGUUUUUGGGAACUGGACCUUUGGGACGAUUGUUUUCACCGUGCUGGUUUUCACUGUCACUCUGAAGCUAGCGUUAGAUACCCGAUUCUGGACGUGGAUGAACCACUUUGUGAUCUGGGGCUCCCUUGCCUUCUAUGUGUUUUUCUCGUUCUUUUGGGGAGGAGUCAUUUGGCCUUUUUUGAAGCAGCAAAGAAUGUAUUUUGUAUUUGCCCAUAUGCUGACUUCUCUUUCCACAUGGCUGGCAAUAAUUCUCCUGAUCUUUAUCAGCCUUUUCCCAGAAAUUCUUCUAAUAGUUUUAAAAAAUAUAAAAGAGAAAAGUCAUCAGACUGGCCCCUUUGAUCUGCCUAGGUUAGUCUCAUACAAACGUAUAGAGAAUGGUUAUGUGAAGACUGAAGAUGCUGUUACUAAUUUGGCAGAAAGACAUCCUCUCAGGAUACUUUAAAGUGCUCCAUACAAACACUGCGUAUUGUCAUGCUGUAGGAAAAAAAAACAUGGUUUUAACCUAACAGUUCUUUUUAAUUAAGUACAGUAAGCAGCGGUGCUGAUAAAGCAGUAGCCAGGGCACUGGCCCCACGGUACCCAUCUGUCUUUGGUCUUGUGGCUUCCCCAACCUCUAAAAUGAUUCUGCCAAAUGAAAAGUCUACGUCAUUGGAGGCUGAGAAAUCCUCUGUGAAUUCAUCCAAAACAGCAUGAAUCGAAGUGCAAGAGAGCAGUGCCAGCCCCAUUUCACACGGGGGGGGGCUUCCUCUGCCCGCUGCAAAUCUGUCUGAGAGCAGCAGAGAGCUGCUGAAGUCUCUUGCUCUGCCUGACCAAAGAAGUAGCACAGACUUUAAGACCCAGUAACGGCUUCUGAAGGUGCUGGGGAGGGAAAGCCCGCUCCUCUCACGCAGAAGCUGGAUACAGUCCUGUGAGCAUCUCGCCUGGUGCUGGGGCUGUGACCCCUCGGCCCCCUCCCAGCCAUGGGUUGCCAGAUGCAUGCGGCAGAAAUACUUGAAAACUUGGGGGAUAUCUUUGCCGACGGUGCAAAGCGUUCGGUUGCAUAUCCUUCCUCUGGGUGUGACGGGAAGCGAUCUGUGGUUCAUACGCAGUAGCAGUAUCCACGCGGAGACACGCUGUGCUGGGAAGUGCCUGAGCAUCCUCCGGCGGCCAGUUUGCAGAUGGGUUUAUUCCUGAUGGAGGAGGGUGACGGAAAGGGCAUUUUCCCUCAUAUUGUGGCUAUUUGUGAUGGAAGGAAGCUUUUGUGGGGAGGAAAGAAUCUCAAAAGUUGGGCUGCGCCAGAGUUUCAACCGUUUUGCCUGGGCUGCUGUGGUGCAGUUGCUUCAGCAUUUUGAAGGCCUGAGUGACAGUGCGGCCCUUGGAAGAUCCCAGGGAUACAGGCUGUGCCUGUAAACCCGCAGGCAUAUAAAACUGCAUCUUGAGUUAUUUGCACUAAGAAAAAAGAAGCUGGUUUAAAAAUGAAAGGAAUACCUGAACCUGGUUUCAUUUUACACUUUAUUUGAUUUUUUAAAGCGGCAUGUUCUUUUUAAAUCUACCUGUACCAUGGUUAUGGGAACUUUUCUCUUUAGGCUGCGCGCAGCAGAGGUGAGAUGCUUGACUCUCGAUAUUUUUUUUUCCUCUGAUGCUUCAUUUGUGGAAAAAGCUUUUUCGUUGUAAGUCAUAAGCAGAGAUGGAGCACCAUGUGCCACUGCCGUUUGGUGUGAAGGUCCCCCCCUCGUGUUCACUGCCUCUGGCCCUGGUGCUCUGCAGAACAGUGUGGAGGAGCUGCUGUGAGAAGCAUUCAAAUCUCAUUUUGGAAGUAGCAAGCUCUACACUGCAACUGGGUUUGGCUCCCGCUUGAUUUCUGUCACUGAGAUGCAAAGAAACAACAAUUUGGGACUAGAUGGAACAUUCCCUUCAUCAAGUUUUGCUGAACUGCAGACUUAAUUUCUGGAAGAUUCGAGUCUUGCUGUCCGGCUGCCACCCCUGAGGCCCAUCUUUGACUCUGGUGGAAGCAGGAUGUUCAUCAGCUGCUGACAUGCAUCACAAGGACUUUGCAAUGGACCUUACCUGAGUGGGAGAGGGGUGUGUGUAGUCCCCAUGACUGGUGGCUGCUUUUCUUUCACCCAGCAUGGGAGGGGAUGUGCAGACAGGACCACUGUAUCAUACACACUGCACUGGCCUCAACGCAAGUGGUGUUUGUUAGCACCGUGUUAGCAACCGCGGCUCAACUCCUUGCUGCAUGCAAGUAAGGAGCUGCACUUCCAGCAUGUCCCAUGGGCAAGACUUUUUUUUCCCUUUUUUUUUUUCCUAGCUCAUCUCACAGACCUAGAAUUCAACUUGCAGACCUUGUCCCAUUCGGAACUUUUCUUGCUAGAAUGUGGUGCCUACAGAUCAAGUAUGCGGUAAAUACAACAAAGAUACGCUCUAUAUGCCAAAUCUAACCUUUCUUCUUAAAUAUACAAUUGCUGACUUGUGUUUACACAACCUUUAAAAUGUGGGCACUGAAAUGCCUAAUUCCUGUGAUUCAAAAUCAUUCCAAGCCCAAAUGGUCCCAGCCCUGACACUUUGCUACUCAGUUCGCUUUUGUGUCGUACUCUACUCCUAGGGUCAAAGUCUGUUCCUGUGAAAUUCAGCUGGAGGUUUUGCUGUUGGUGUUAGUGGGAACAGAGUGAAGCUUGCUAUGUGUGUGAGAUGUGUGAAUUUUCUGAAUAAAGCCACGUAGCAGGCUAAUUUCUGCAGCCUGUUUUAAGACAGAGCCUUCUGAGAACCAAAUUUUUCGCUUCCCAUUUCCAAGUGUCCUGUCUCAGGAUGGAACAAGCCAUCGCAAUAGCUGUAUGUUCAAACCCAAGGCACGUGUGGUGACAGGUGGAUUGGAGUUCAUUUGAAAUGCCUUGAAUAUCAGCUCUUCUGGGAAAAUGCAGGUUUUCUUGGAUAUUUAGUUAGUGCACUGCCGGGAAUGCCACGACAGUCAGGCUGCUUUGGACCUGCGAAGGAGCUGAUCCUCAUCAUUCAGCAGUGAAAUACCUAUUGUUGUGAAUGCCUUGUGAAAUCAGGGGAAACAGGAGACCCCUUUAGGGAUUAGAGAAGGGAAGAAAAUAUUAUGAUAGUGACUGAAAGGUAUAAGCCAGUAGGAUGCUGAGCUGGCAGUAACCCGACAGUGAUGCUGUGAUUAUUGUUCGUGUACCAUAAUACACACUGCACUGUUACAGUGCUCCUCAGUGAGCUAAAAGGUCAGUACAGGCUUAUCGGUGGAAAAACUUGAAGGAAAAAAGGCUGGGUUUUUUUUUUUCAUAAUAAUUCUUGAAGUUUAAUCACUGGUUAGUGAUACCCUCUGAAACCAUUACGUGAUAAAGGAGGAACUUGGUGUAGUCAGAACUACUUUUCAAAAACUAAUCCUAAUCAUUAUGAGAAUAUUAUAAAUGACUUGGAAUUGUGCAUAAAGCUUAAAAUUCAAUUUGUAUACACACAGUUGAAAAACGUACAUAAUACUGCACCGUUUAUCCAGUUUCCCAGCUGUGGAAUUUUUUUAAAAACCAUGUAGUAUGUAGAAAAUGUAAAUUAUAUACAGGCAAUGAGAAGAUACAUUUUCGGCUUCUUGCAAAAAAAGGACUGCAAUCUUACAUUUUUUUCACUUAAAUGCAAUUUUAUACAUCUAUGUUGCUUUAUAUAAAGGAAAUUGAAUGUGAAUGUUACCUUUUAUGAAUGCAACUUGCUCUUUUUUCAUUACAGAGACUUUUGUUUGAAGUAAUCAAUAAACUUUGGUAUGUUGUUCUGAUUAA